CUAGUCAACGGAAAGUUAGUCAACGAGAGAAAGCAUUAUAUCUUCAUAUACCUGAUAUUUACGCGGCUCCCGGCUUAAAUACAACAAAUCUUGAUAAAACAAGAAAGAAAUCUGAGAAAGUCUGUGAAAUUUGAGAGUUGGUUCUGCGGAAUCAUUGCACCAAGAGAAUACUUAAGUAGAGAAUUUAGAACAGUUCUAAGCAUGCCACGAAGGAAGGAAGUUGAAAGUUUGGAUUCUCUUUGUUUCAAGGUUUUUCCUUCCAUCGUAGAGAAUGUUUGUCUCCGGGUUGAAGAUAUAGUAGAGAAGGGUCGAGCUAGAGGAUUGUUCCAACGGGAUAUUGAUUAUAAAAUUCAUCUUUUCAUUGAGGAAAUACAACAAGCUUUGUUCACCAACACACCGAGAUGUUUUCACAACAAUUUUGUCAGUCAAUUUUUGAAAGCGUUGUCAACAUAUCUUGAGAAACGAAGAAUCCAAUCAGCUCAUCAGAUCCAUGACAAAGAAACAUUAAACCAUCUCACAUUGUCUCAACGUCGACUAAUCUGGUUCCAAGAUCAAGCUUUAGUCAACUGUGGAAAGAUUGUUCUACACCCAUAUGUAAAAGAGUUAUCGUUGUCCUGUAAUCAUAAGAUAACUCAAGCUCUGUUCAGAUAUAUACCAGAAUGUUCCCACCUUCAAACCCUAAAUCUGCUUGGAAUCAGCUCUAGAGAAAUACUGAAAGGUUGCGAAGUUUUCCAAUUUUUACCGGAACUGAAAAAAUUAUGUUUGCAAGAUGCAGACUCAGAAAUAAUUUAUUCUGUUAGCCUAUUCUGUUCCAGCCUGACAACUCUAAUACUUCAUCAUACUGAUAUCAAUGAUGAAAUAAUUUCCCAAAUUUCAAGUUUGAAACAGUUAAAAACAUUUAAUGUAGAAGGAGACUCAAUAAUAUCACCCUACGGGUUUGCAGAGCUUUUGCGAACAUUACCAGACCUAAGAAACCUUGGAAAAUGCAACUCAUUUGGGGAGGUUUUAACAACCCUAUACUCUAAAUGGUCUUUAUACCACAGAUACCAUGGGACAACACCUAAGGUUUUAAAGCUCGAAAGUGUUGAUUGUGAUGGUCCUAUUACUGGUAAAGAGAUUGUCAACCUUCAAGUUUACUGUCCCAAUCUGAAAUCUCUGAAGCUGGUUUAUAAUCUAUUUAAUCGUCAGGAAUCGAAUGAAUCCUGUGGUCAUCUAUUUUCACUUGCAGGGUUAUCCAAUCUUACAAUUCUAGGGAUAACAUCAGCUGACUUCUACAGUCACUCCCUCUUCUCUAUUCUCAGAGAAGGUUCAAGGAUAACAAGCCUAGAGCUGACAAAUAUUGAUGAAAUGAAUUUAAGUUCUAUAAUUAUGAUUGGAUCUGGAUGUAGACACUUGGAGGUUUUAAGCAUUAACUGUUGCCACUAUAAUGUUGAAACUAAUGAUGCUAAAAAGAUUUCGGAGAUAUUUGCUGAAGCUGAAUUUCACAAAGAUAAUCUUCCUUUUUCUAAUUUAAAGGAAGCUACUUUUAUUCUUACAACCUCCACCCAUCUUCCCCUCAUGAAAUAUCCUGUUUUCUUUGCUCGAGGUUUAAAAGAACUGAGGUUGAACCAGAUUUACCAACCUUUAGAAGAUAGUUUUAUUACAUCCUUGCUCUCCUGGAAUCCUCUGAAAUAUUUAGAAAAGUUUGAAUUGAACAGAGGUCCUCACUUGUCCAUUAUGGCUGCUAAUGCUAUUAUUUUGGCUUGUCCAAACCUACGAUACAUUGGUAAAAUCUCAAGUUGGGGAAUGGUGGAUAAAGAAGAGGUUCUGGCGAUGCAAGGGGAAAUCAGGAAUAGAAAUCUGGAUCUUGUAUUAAUCUAGAUGCAGUGAAACCGCAAUGAUUGUGAUAAAUUUUAUUGUAAUAUUUUACCAGAAAAUAUCUUGUGUUUAUUUGGGAGCCAUUGUAUUUUAAUAUCAAAUAUAUUUAAUAUUUAUGAUUUUUGA